UGCUGCAUUGAGUUUUGUUGUGUCGUCGGUGCUAUGAGAGUGUUUCUGGUGGUUCUGAGCUUGUUGGCUGUGGCGGUGGCCACCAGGUGUCCGUUUUCGGCGACGGAGCCCUUGUCCCGUUCCAAACGGAAUGCUUUUGAAAUUCGUCCCGCGGUCAGUGACGGAAGUUUGGAUGCCUUGAUCAAGGACUUUAUGCCCAAGUACAAUUCCAACAGUGUGCACAACAGUUGGACCGAGCCUUCUGCUCCUCAACAGGCUUUAAGGUGUGGCAUUCCGCCUCGCAACUGCCUGAAUGAUACUCGAAAUGUGCACUACCGAACUUUGGAUGGAUCGUGCAAUAACCUGUUGUAUCCGGAGUUUGGAAUUUCCGUUUCACCAUAUCGCAGGCUCUUGCCUCCCCGUCAAGUGGAGCAGGCUCCGAAUGCCCGACUAAUCUCCUUGUCCCUGUACGGCGAGCAGACGAGGAACGAUCUGUUCCGCACCAUGGCGGCCAUGCAAUGGGGACAGUUCGUGGCCCAUGACAUUAGCAAACUGAGCACACAGGGAGCUCCCAAGGAUUGCUGUGCCGAGCCACGUCAUCCCCGCUGUCUGACCAUUAGUCUGCCACGUGGAGGACCCAUCGCCUAUCACACGGGCAAGACCUGCCUGCACUUUGCUCGCAGUGUGUCCGAAGCGGAUGCCAUUUGCCCGAAGACUGGAUCACCCUAUCCCGAAAAGCUGUCGGUGGACACUGCCUACCUGGAUCUCUCCACGGUCUAUGGCAACAAUCCAUCGCAAAACAGGAAAGUGAGACUGUUCAAGGGCGGUCUUUUGAGGACAAGCUACACGAAUGGACAGCACUGGCUGCCGGUAAGCCAAAAUGAGAAUGGCGAGUGCGGGUCCAAGAGCGAGUGCUAUAGUAUGCCCGACAAGCGUAACCAAUUAUUGCCCACCAUCGCCGUGCUGCAGACUCUGCUGGUGCGGGAGCACAAUCGUCUGGCCGAGAAUCUGGCGCUGAUUAACCCCGACCACGAUGACGAGCGCAUCUUCCAGGAGGCUCGCAAGAUCAACAUAGCCCAGUUCCAGAAGAUCACCUACUACGACUGGCUGCCGCUGUUCGUGGGUCGCACUUAUACCUACCUGAAUGGCCUGAUCUAUCCAGUGGAGCCGACUGAGUACGUGAACGACUACGAUGAGACAGUCAAUCCUGCUGCCUAUGCGGAGUUUUCCGCCGCUGCCUUCCGCUACGCCCACAACCAGAUUCCCGGCUGGUUCUCGCUGGUUGCCCCCGAUCGCAACUCUAACCAAACGCUGCGCCUGAGUGAUUACAUCAGUCGAACGGAGACCAUCCGCUUACUGGAUACAGCCGACAACUUCGAUGCUCUACUGAGAGGUUUGGCCACUCAGCUGCACAAGCGAUCGGAUGGUAACAUCGAUCGGGAGAUCAAACACUACUUCAACCGCAAGGAGUUCGAGGACUACGGAUCGGAUCUGAAGGCUAUAGAUAUUCAGAGGGCACGAGACUUCGGCUUGGCCUCCUACAACGAUGUGCGAGAGUUCUGCGGAUUGCGUAGAGCUGUGGAUUGGGCUGAUUUUGCUCACGAGAUUCCCGGAGAGAAAAUAUCACUGUUGCGUCGAUUGUACGCCACUCCGGAUCAUGUGGAGCUAGGUGUAGCUGGAACUCUGGAAUACCAUGUCCCAGAUGCUCUUUUUGGACCCACUCUAUUGUGUAUAGUGGGAAAACAGUUCCUGAACACACGUCGCGGCGAUAGGUUUUUCUUCGAGCGAGAGAACGCAGGUGGAUUUACACGUGUUCAACUGGCAGAGAUCCGAAAAGUGAGCCUGGCCAGCUUGUUCUGCAACAACGCCAACUAUCUGCAUUUAAUUCAGCCAAACGUAUUUGUAUUCCCGAACUCACACAACUUACUACUCAACUGCAAUUUCAUACCCCAAAUCGAUCUUAGCAAGUGGCAGGAUCUCACGCCUCAACGUGUACACUAAUGGCAUUACUAGUAAAUGUAUCUAAAACAAAUUGGGCUGCCCAAUUUGUUCUUUCAGAUGCCGAAAUCUUUAUUAAUUUGCCUAUCAUUUUUGGCAAUAACUAUUUUACACAAUCCAAUAACAAAGUGAAUUUUGUUUUUGAAUUUGUGAUAUUCUGUUUAAAAAUAUUUACUUAACUAGCUCAGAUAUUUAUGUUACUUUACGGAUAAUCUUCAUU